AAGCCCGGCAAAAGGCUUUGCAAAAAUAGCUCAAAUCUCUCCUCUUCCUCUCUGUACAUUUUUUGUUAAAGCUGUGUUAUUUUUCAUUUUUAUAUUGUCAUAUUUAGCUUGUACUUAAAUUCUUGAGUUUUUUUCGAAGAUAACAUCAUUUAUUGGUAAUAAUGGCAGGGGAUUCUUGCUAUUGCUAGGCAAAGUUUAAAACUUUUUUGUAUUUUUUCCUAUUUUUUCAAGAUUUGUGUGGCAGACAAUUUGUGGCAGAAGAAAGAGAGGGAAUGAGGAAACUUUUGUGGGUUUGGGUUGCUGUAGUUUCUGUUUUUGGGAAAUGGGUGAAUGGGUUCUUGGAAUUGAAUGAGACAGAACUGUUUUACACUGGAGCUGAAGCUUAUGGUUAUUUUAAUGAAUCUAAAUCCAGUUACGAUGCUUUGAUGGUAGGAUUUACUCUCAUUCAAGGAGCUGGUGCUAGAGGGGCAGUCUGUUUGGAUGGAACAUUUCCUGGCUAUCAUUUGCAUCGAGGAUAUGGUUCUGGUGCAAACAGUUGGCUCAUUCAAUUGGAGGGGGGUGGAUGGUGCAAUAGCAUCAGAAAUUGUGUUUACCGCAAAACAACCCGGCGUGGUUCAUCAAGAUACAUGGAAAAGCAGCUGGCAUUUACAGGAAUCUUAAGCAAUAAGCCUGAAGAAAAUCCUGAUUUUUUCAACUGGAACAGAGUAAAAGUCCGAUAUUGUGAUGGUGCCUCUUUUUCCGGGGACAGUGAAAAUAAGGCUGCACAACUGCAAUUCAGAGGGCAGCGGAUAUGGUUGGCUGCAAUGGAAGAUCUAAUGUCAAAGGGAAUGCGUUAUGCCAAACAGGGGCUUCUUUCUGGGUGCUCUGCCGGUGGUCUAGCUUCUAUUUUGCACUGUGAUGAGUUUCGAAACUUGUUUCCUCGAACAACUAGAGUGAAAUGCCUGAGUGAUGGUGGUUUAUUCCUUGACACAGUUGAUGUAUCUGGUGGCCGCACCCUAAGGAAUAUGUACAAUGGUGUGGUGAACUUGCAGGGGGUGCAAAGUAACCUGCCACGUAUAUGCACUGACCACCUCGAUCCAACCUCGUGCUUCUUCCCUCAGAACAUUAUCGGCAAUGUUAAGACCCCGUUGUUCCUUGUCAAUGCAGCCUAUGAUGUAUGGCAGAUUCAGUCCAGCUUAGCUCCACCGUCUGCAGAUCCCCACGGCUAUUGGAGUGAAUGCAGGAAGAACAAUGCAAAAUGUUCUGCAUACCAAAUCCAAUUUCUGCAAAAAUUCAGGAACCAAAUGCUACGUGCCGUGAGAGGCUUCUCGAUGUCUAGACAGAAUGGUUUGUUUAUAAAUUCAUGUUUUGCUCACUGCCAAACAGAGAGGCAGGAUACAUGGUUCGCGGAUAAUUCACCUGUCAUCGGAAACAAGGCAAUUGCAAUUGCUGUCGGAGAUUGGUAUUUUGAUCGGUCAGGCGUUAAAUCAAUCGAUUGCGCCUACCCGUGCGACAAGAGCUGCCACAAUCUGGUUUUCAAAUGAGCAGAAGUAUUAUAGCAAUUAAGUUAGCUUUCAUAGUCAUCUUAUUUGAAUCACCUUAUAUAUCUUCCCAUUGUUGCUGGAAAGAGAAACUCUACUACAAAAUUCCAAAUGAUAAUUUAGUUAUAGAAGACAAUAAGAUUAAGAAGAAAGGUUGCCAGGAAAUGCAAAUUUAGGGCAAACCUUCCGACAUUAUUGUAGCACUUCUUGUGCAAGCUGCAAUUUUUUUUUCCAUCAAAAUGUAAUAUUUUCUAUUUAUAAAUGAUUAAUCAAUCAAUCAAGUCCAUAUUUUGUAUGCUA